AAUGGCCAGGAACCUUAUAGCAGACACACUCUAUUGCUCCCACCCACAGAAAGUUUUUUACAGAAGUCAAAAAGUUCCUUUUUCAUUCUACAGUCAAACAGCGGGCCUUGUUUAUUUCUUUUUAUGUGACACAGCUGAAGGCCUGAGAGAGUAGCUUAGGUCAAAAGUGUAUGCUAUACAAUAAGAGAGAGAGAGAGAGAGAUUUUUGGGUUUUCGUUGAGAGGAAAUUUUGAAACAUUGUGCAAUGGUGCCGCAAAAGUUUUGAAAGGUUGGGUUUUGCCUGCAAAGCGUCUGCGAGUCGGUUCGUUGGAGGAGAGGUCUCCAUGUUGCAUCCAUACAGAAUGGAGAGCUACCUCAUCCCACCCCAGCACUCAGAAGAAAUGUACGAUCCUGAGAUCUACAGACAUCAAAUAGCAGAAUAUUAUAAUCCAUAUGUCUUAGAUACAGAUAUCCAGGCAGAUCACUGGGACUACCACCCUCACCCUCAUGUACACCCUGUAGAGUUUGAAAACCUCCAAGAGGCCAACUUCACAGAGCUGCAGAGUGUGCAGGCUCUCCACCCGCCCGGCCUCAUACGACACGACACCAUACGAUACGAUGCAGAAAACCUGCUCGAUCCAAAUCUUGGGGCGCAUCCACAUGUGUUACAGCAACCAGUAGCGUUCUUCCCUCGAGCUGUGUAUCCACCACACGUGUCCCAGCGCAGCUCUGAUGACGAGGAUCAUGAAGGACGAAGUCCCCCGCUCGAGGUGUCUGAUGAGGAGUGUCUGAGAGAUCGAGUCCCUUAUGUCACACCAGGAGAGCUGGGGAAUAAAAAGAAGAUCCGUUUGUACCAGUUCCUGUUGGACCUUUUAAGGAACGGUGAUAUGAAGGACAGUAUCUGGUGGGUGGACAGAGACAAAGGGACAUUCCAGUUUUCUUCCAAACACAAGGAGGCUCUCGCACACCGCUGGGGAAUCCAGAAGGGAAACCGCAAAAAAAUGACCUAUCAGAAGAUGGCUCGUGCUUUGCGCAACUACGGCAAAACUGGAGAGGUGAAAAAGAUAAAGAAGAAGCUGACGUACCAGUUCAGCGACGAGGUGCUGGGGAAGACUCAUCUGGAGAGAAAAUAUCUGUAGGCAGGAGGGAUACUGAAAUGUCAGGAUUUACUCAUGAAAAGUGUAGUUAUUGUUUUAGGUGCUUAAUCAAAUGUGCCAAUAAGGUGAAUUGCAUCUUGUGAAUAGCAUAAUUACUGCCGCACAGUGGGUUCAGUAAGUGAUAUUACAGCCAAAAGGCAAAAGGGGGAAGGCAGAGGAGGAUGUAGUAAUUACAAUGUAUGCAUCUUAGACCCUGGGUCAAUGUGGUGCCCAGUAUGUAUUUUUAAAUGUGGGUGCACACACAUAGCUGUGGAAGCCCAUUUCUGCCAUUGUGAUAAAAAAAAAUUCAUUAAUCCAAAAAAAUAAAAAAUAAAAAUGAAUAAAUAAAAA